CCGUGCCCUCUCGUGGCCGGGACGGGGCCGCCUCCUCGGGCUUCAGGCGGAUGCGAGGUGGCCCCGAUCUCCGCGCAGGGGAGCCCGCCCGUCAUGUGCAGGGGAGGCCCAGGAGCUCGGUGCUGAACAUGCUCAGGAGGCUGGACAGGAUCAGGUUCAGAGGCCCCAAGAGAGAGGACUGCCUGGACCUGGCAGAGUCGCCCAAUGCCUCGGACACUGAGUGCGCUGACGAGCUGCCCCUGAAGACACCUCGGACCUCGCCCCGAGACGGCCAGGAGCUCAGGGACCCUGCAGGUCCAGGGACCCUCAUCAUGGCCACUGGGGCGCCAGACUUCAUCCGCACAGAGUCUGAUCGCCUGAACGAGAUCAAGGGUCACCUGGAAAUCGCCUUACUGGAGAAGCACUUCCUGCAGGAGGAGCUCCGGAAGCUCCGGGAGGAAACCAACUCGGAGAUGCUGAGGCAAGAGCUGGACCGGGAGCGGCAGCGGCGGCUGGAGCUGGAACAGAAGAUGCAGGAGGUGCUGAAGGCCAGAGCCGAGGAGCAGACUGCGCAGGUCCAACAGCCGCCAAAGAGCCAGAGCCAGGCCGGCAAUGGAGCAGAACGCCGCAGCCAGGGCCUGUCCUCCCGAGCACAGAAGUGGUUCUAUGAGAGGUUCGGGGAGUACCUGGAGGAUUUCCGCUUUCAGCCCGAGGAGAACACCGUGGAGACCGAGGAACCCCUCAGUGCCCGCAGGUUAACGGAGAACAUGAGGCGGCUGAAGCGCGGGGCCAAGCCUGUCACUAACUUCGUGAGGAACCUUUCUGCCUUAUCUGACUGGUACUCCGUCUACACCUCUGCCAUCGCCUUCACGGUGUACAUGAACGCCGUGUGGCACGGCUGGGCCAUCCCCAUGUUUCUGUUUCUAGCAAUUCUGAGGCUGUCCCUCAAUUACCUCAUCGCCAGGGGCUGGCGGAUACAGUGGAGCAUCGUGCCAGAAGUGUCUGAAGCUGUGGAACCUCCAAAGGAAGACCUGACCGUGUCCGAGAAGUUCCAGCUGGUGCUGGACGUCGCCCAGAAAGCCCAGAAUCUCUUUGGCAAGAUGGCAGACAUCCUGGAAAAGAUCAAGAACCUGUUCAUGUGGGUGCAGCCCGAGAUCACGCAGAAGCUGUACAUUGCACUGUGGGCUGCCUUCCUGGCCUCCUGCUUCUUCCCCUACCGCCUGGUGGGGCUCACCGUGGGGCUCUAUGCUGGCGUCAAGUUUUUCCUCAUCGAUUUCAUCUUCAAACGCUGCCCCCGGCUGCGAGCCAAGUAUGACACGCCCUACAUCAUCUGGCGGAGCCUCCCCACGGACCCCCAGCUCAAGGAGCGUGCGGGUGCCACUGUGUCACGCAGGUUGCAGACAGCCGCGUCUAGGAGCUACGUCUCCAGUGCACCAGCCGGCUUGAGCAAGGAUGAGGAUGCUGGUCGCUUCCACAGUACCAAGAAGGGCAAUUUCCACGAAAUCUUCAACUUGACCGAAAAUGAGCGUCCACUGGCAGUGUGUGAGAACGGUUGGCGCUGCUGCCUGAUAAACCGAGACCGGAAGAUGCCCACGGACUACAUCAGGAAUGGGGUUCUGUAUGUGACAGAGAAUUACUUAUGCUUUGAAAGCUCCAAAUCCGGGUCCUCAAAGAGGAACAAGGUCAUCAAGCUGGUAGACAUCACAGACAUCCAGAAGUACAAGGUCCUGUCUGUCCUCCCGGGCUCAGGCAUGGGGAUUGCUGUAUCGAUGCCAUCAACCCAGAAACCGCUGGUGUUCGGCGCCAUGGUGCACAGAGACGAGGCCUUCGAGACCAUUUUCAGCCAAUAUGUGAAGAUCACGUCUGCAUCAGCCUCGGGUGGGGAAAGCUAGUACUGAGCCCUGGGUGCCACUGGAAUCUUUUUAACAGUCGGUGUGGGACAGAGUGGACAGCCUCAUGACCCUUUGCAAUAAUUCCCUGACCUAUGGUUUCUGUUGCGUGGCUGGAUUCACACACAGAGGCUGGGGCUCAGGAGGAGGUGCCACUGCCCCCUGGCAGGCACGUGUGGCACCUUAGUGGAGACGGCUGGGCGGAGGGGCCGCAGGGCUCAUUGAGAGGAUGACACGCAGGACUUCACUGACCGGGCCUACCAAGCACAGCUCCUUGUUCUCCAUCCCGCCUGGGUAGAGACUGACACCGGCCACCCCAGGAGGCUCUCGUGACCCCUCGUUCCCUGCUUUGCAGAGGCCAGGAGCUGCCCCACCAAAGCCAUAGCUGAGUGCCUCCAUGGUCCUCUCCUGCUGGGGUCAGGAAGGAGUGGAAUCGGGGCCCCUGUACCAGCUGCCCAGAAAAGGCCAGCAGGUCUCCCUCAACCUUCAGCACUUGUCCUUAAAGCUCCAGGCCCUGGGCCUGGGGACAGGGUUGUCUUCGUGGGAGCAGUGAGGCUGGGCAUAUUUGGAGGCACUUCCCUCUCACCUGCUAUGGUAGAUGAAGCCUGGAGGCUUGAGGUUGACUGGGAAGGGUACAGAAUGCCAUGUGGGUAAAAGCACAUCUCUAACACUGCUCCUCCGAGAGGCCCUGGAGGACGUCAGGAAGGCUGUGGGGUGCUCUGAGCUGUGGCUGCUCUCAGGUGAAAAUCAACAGUCUGGCCGGCACUGGGCCCUCUGGCUGCAACCACCCAGGUAGGCGUGGUUGAGGAUGGCCUGGGCUUUGUGGCCCACAGAGGCCCAGGCUGCAGAUGCCCUGCCUGUGGGGCCAUCAGGAGCUCCUGGGAGGACCCUCUGCUGUAGGGGUGGCUGUGAGCAGAUUCCAGUGUGGGGCCAGGGCCACCCUGCAUCCCUGACAGCUGACAGUACUCCCCCACCCCCCGGGGUGCCCAGCAGUGCCAGGCUGGGCACAAACCACCCUCAGCCUGCCCCGCCCUGGGGCUGCGCACACUUGCUCGGGUGAACUCUGGCUCCCGUAGAGGAAGCCGGAGAGUGUGUCUCCCACGCUUGGUUUACCCUGGGACGUCGCCCACAGAUGGAUUUGAACUGCAAAGAAGCCGACAUUGAGUCCUGGGACAGGCUUGGCCUCCCAAGGCCGCACCACAUGUGGUCUGUAUGCUUUCUGAGCAGUCUCUCCAGUUCUUCAGCUUGUCCUGGGUCUUUCGGGUGUCUCUGAGAUUGUUUUUUGAAGAAACAGAUUAUAUUUUUUACAGAGAGCAAGCUGUUUUUCUUAUUUUUGUAUCAUUUUUCAAAUGGAAUUUUUACCUUUGCUCUGAAUCCUCGUUGGCUGGCUUGGGAGUGGACGCAGUGGUGUGGGCUGGUGACCCCUUCCUGGAGGCUGCAGGGUUGCCCAUGGUGUGGGGACACGGCACAAACAGCCAGGUCAGGCACACAGGCCACACCAGGCUCCACAGAUGGUACCACCACACCCUUGUUGUUGAAGGCAGAGCCCCCUGGCAUGGCUUACCUGGCAGCAGACCCAGCUCUCAAGUGCAUGGGGUUAGGUGGGGCCCAGGAGGACCCCAAGGGGAGGUGGAGGGGGCCUGACCUGUUCUGGGUGCAGGUGUAUGGGUGAUGUCCAUGGGUGAUGGUCAGACCUGUCCCCUGGCCCUGGCAGUGCCAGGGCGGGUGCUGGGAACGUGCUAUCAGUGAGCACUUCCUGUGGACACACUGGGAUGCUGUCCGAAAGCACCAUGGGGAGGGGCUGGGCGGACAGGGCUUCUUCAAAGACCGUGUGGUUUAGUUUGAGUCCCUUUCUCGGAGAAGGGCGAUGAAGACUGGCCAUGGCCUGCUGGAUGCAGCCGCCCAGUGUGUGGGGGAGGCCAGUGUCACCCCAAGUUGCACAGCUAGGAAGUAGCAGGUUCUUCAGUGGACCCCGGGGGCUGGGCUGGGCUAGGACAGGGGCCUGUGCAGGCCCUGGUCUCGUCAGAGACCACAGUUCUGUGGAAGUGUACAUCUGGGCUAUAUUUAAUUUCUAUGACUAAUCACUGAACUAGAACGUUAAAUUUUGAAUGUCUGAAGCUUGAGUCUAUUUUGGAUCUGUACAUAAUUGUUACCAGUGUAACUUUUGUUCAACAAAAGGAUUGUACUGUAUGAAGAAUCGAUGAAAAAACUUGUCACAUUUUUUUAAGAAAAACCUUGUUUAAAGAAAAAGUCUUGUAUAAAUUAUAAUUUUUAUUUAAAUAAACCUAAAACGCUUUGUGCUAAA